CAAUAUGGAUUUAGUGGAUAUUGAUCAGGUAUUGGACAAUUUGGAGCUUCACGAAGAGGCAGCAAACGAACAGCAAAGAAAAAGGCUUGAGGAGGCCAAACAAAAGGAGACAUCAAGCCAGCCAAAAUCAACCUCAACAACAAACGGGUUUGUAUCCCAGUCUAAGGAAGGUUCUGGGUUCAAGGCAGUUUCACAAGUUUUUAACAGUCUAGACGAUUACUGCAAAAAUGUGGAGUCUUUGGAGGCGACAGUUACCUCUGUGUCAUCCCUACACUCCAGCAAUGAUUUCAUUAGUCGAACUACAGACUAUCGGGAAAAGUCUGGAUUUCAGCCGUCACAAUUAGUAGCCACUUCUCGCCAAGAACUGGAAGAGUACGAACAUGAAGUGGAAGAGAGUAAAGAUAUACACAAAUUCACGGAAAAACCUCGUAGUCGAAAUAAGUUGACCGCUGCGGCAUGUGAUAGUAAAGAUUCUCCUGAUGAGUCUACCAAUAGUCAAAGCUCAGAGUCGCUGACAACCUCGUCAAAUUCAACAUUCUCUUCUGGUCCAUCUUUGGAGCCUGAGGACUCUCUGGAAGAACCCACUCCAUUGACAAAUUCUUCACCCGAUGAUGUUGUGGAAGAUGAAGAAGAUAUAAAAAACACCACAAUGGAAGUAGUCAAUGGAAGCAAUGAAAACCAACUUACAGCCAAAGAAGAAGAAAAUGAAGAAGAGGAAGCACCCAGCGGGUGUUCUGCUAACAAUACUGAAGACCAAUCCCAAGCUCCAGCCGGUGAUAAUGAGGAAGCCACAUAUUUGAGUGAAAUUUCCAAUUCUCUAGAUUUAAUUCAGCAAAAUUUGCAAAGCACUACCAACGUAGAGGAUUUGACCCAGGGUCUUUCCUCAAUUUCUCUCACAAGUGCAAAUCUGCAAUCGCAAUCAGUUUUACAUUUGGAGACAUCUCUGUCCUCGUCCAUGGGCAAAGUGUUGGAAAACCUUUCAGAUACCAAUUUGAGUUCAGCCUUGAGUCAAACGAGAGACAUGCCCAUUGCAGCAAACAAUACCCCUAACGAUGAAUCUUCUGAGGCAGCCAAUACUUCUGUAGAAGUACUAACUGAACACUCUGUACCUGAAGUGCACCAUCCAGAUGGACAGCAACAACUUCAAGAGCAACAACCGCAACAAGUUCACCAAAUCUACGAUUAUAAUCAGGCCAAAUUCGAGGAUGCCAAUUCUUUUGUUCAACAACCAGUUACUUUUUGUUCUACAAUGGAUGAAAUUUCCGAUGCUGAAUUGGAUUCCAUGUUACAAGAAAUGGAUAUAGACGAUGAGGCCGUAUCAGUGCAGCCCCAGGCACAUGUUGAUGAAAUUAAGGAGGAGAGUCAUGUAAACGACCUUAAUGCAGUCUCCCAAACCGUUUCACAUUCGGCGGACAGAGAAGUUAAUAUCUAUGCCGAACAUUCUGAUGAUGUUUUGUCCAAUGUGAGCUCUGGUGAUCAUCCUAAUGGAGACAGUUUUUCUCAAGCUUCAACUGUUGAAUUUUCCGAGAUAAGACCACAAAAUCAUCAAGACUUACCAGAAUGUGAAGAUAAUAUCGGUAUCAGUUCGGCAGUUUCUUCCUACAGUAACAGUGAAUCGUCCUCUUUGGAAGGCGACAUUAUACAGGCCAAGAAUAUUGAUGCGGAAGAUUCUGACCCUUCACGUCCGCAAAGACCUACUUCUCUGGAUUUACCAGCUAUACAGGCGCUUGAUAUUUACGCCAGUGCUGGUCAAACCCCUCCUGGAGCAGAACAACACACCAACCCGACAGACACAACCACUGCACCACAACAGGAAGAGUUGCAAGCAACUCCAUCGCCCGAUGAGGAACCCAAGCCCAGCCCGGUAGCAAAUGAAGUAGCUGAGGCUACAGGCUAUAGUGAAGACCCACAUGCCAAUUUAGGUAAAAUUCCACCCAUAUGGGUACCGGAUAACAUGGCUACUGGUUGCAUGCAAUGUGCUGCUAAAUUCACUAUGAUAAAACGUCGUCACCAUUGUCGUGCUUGUGGUAAAGUUUUGUGCUCCGUUUGCUGUUCGCAGAAGUUUAAAUUGGAAUUUCUGUCUGAGCCUGAAUCUCGCGUCUGCGUCCAAUGCUAUUUGAUAUUAACACAAAGGCAGACGGGACAAUCUAGCUUGGGAACUACUGGGACCGGAUCGGCCCAAGUUACUACUGGCGGUAGUCUGAAUAGGUCUCCAAAUCCGAAUAAUCCCAUGGAGUACUGUUCAACAAUACCACCAUAUCGUCAGGUUAGCGCCGAUGCCAAAACACCGCCUACAGUCAUUGUGCCAGUGGGUGUCCUAAAAAAAGAUAAUGGGAGUUACUCCUCGACAUCGUCGAAUUCUAGUGGACAGAAAGCCCGUAAGCGGAAGUCGGUAAUGUUUAGUGACGGCAUUGCACCUGGUAGUGAUCUGGCUAACAUAGAUCAGUGGAAUGAGCAACCCAAACAAGCCCGAAGACAAAGUUCUGGAAAUAGAAAUGCGAACAGCAAUAAACCAGCUACGCCUCGCUCGGAAUAUAUAACAGAUGCUACGACAAUGGGUUUGGUCGCACAAUUAUUUAGAGGCUCCAUACCACCCAUGGCAGCGGCUGCAACAGUAAAUACAGCUAGCCAACAGACGGGAGCUCUCAAGUCAUCUAAUCAAAACUCAGCAAAUACUUCGCCCGUAAGCGGUGGUACACCAAAGGCGACCGACACAAACAAUCGACCUAAACGCAUACCACCCUCGGGUUGCGAUGAUGAUGGUUGCUUUAUCCCCGAAGCUAAAGACAGCUUGCCGCCCAUUGUUGUCGCUAAAGACGAAACUGGUUGUGAUUUUGACUAUAAGGAUGUGGUAAAUAAUUACGAUUUAGUCAAGCGUUUACAAAACGAAACUCUAAAAUUUGCAGUGCAAAAGAAUUUCUUUGUCUUUGUGAAAAUAGUUCAUUUGAAAUGUUGUUUAAAUCGUACGGUAAUAAAUUUCACCACAUGUGGCAUGCAUCAUGUGGGUAAUGAUGAAAUUAUUAUACUGCUAGAAUUCGAACCGCCAACAUCCAAGGAAGCGACUACGAAUACCAGCUCUCUAAUUCCUCGAGACAUUUUUGUACAUUUAAAUGAGAUCUACAAUAAUGCGGAGGCCGGUAAUCCCAUACAGGAGUUAUCACACACAAGCCCAACACAAAGCACAUUUUUAGGAUCUCGUGACUAUGGUGGUUUUAUAUUCAUACGGCCAACGUUCCAGUGUAUGCUGGACAUAAUUCAUCCCGACAAGCCAUAUCUGAUAGGCAUAUUAAUACAUCGUUUCGAAAUUCCUUGGGCAAAGAUAUUCCCGUUGCGUUUGAUGUUGCGAUUGGGCGCUCAAUAUCGUUACUAUCCCUGCCCCCAUGUGUCUAUGUGUAAUCGUGAAUCGGUAUAUGCUGAAAUAGCACAGACAAUAAUAAACUUUUUGGCUGAUUUCCGCAACUAUUCGUAUACCUUACCGUUCAUUAGAGGCAUGUAUAUACACAUGGAAGAUCGUCAAACUACGGUGGUUAUACCACGCAACCGCCUGGACGACGUAAUCAAAGCAAUAAACAAUUCUAGUGAACACAUUUUGGCAUUUGGAGGUAAUUUUUCGAAGAAGGCAGAUGGUCACUUGGUUUGUAUGCAAAAUGUAAAUGACGAACGCGCUGAGAUGUAUGCCUAUUCUACGCAGGCCAUUAACAUUCAAGGACAGCCACGUAAAGUAACUGGUGCUAGUUUCUUUAUCCUAAAUGAGUCCCUCAAAGCGAACAGUGGUCUUAGCGGCAAAUGUAGCAUCGUCGAGGAUGGUCUAAUGGUCCAAAUACUACCAUCCAAAAUGGAGGAAGUUCGGGAAUCGCUUAAAAAUCAAAAAGAUGUCACAAUUGUUUGCGGUCCCAUCGAUGCCGAUGAACAGCAUACCGAAAUUGUUUGCCUUAAAUGGGUGGAAAACGAUAAGGAAUUCAAUAUUGGCGUAAAAUCGCCCAUAGAUGAUCGCCUUAUGGACGGGGUGUCAAGUAUGCGGGUCCAUGCCAGCUUUAGCUAUUCAAAUUCAAACUAUUCCAUACGUCUAACUGAUAUAUACGUAAUUCAGCAUGUCGAUUGGUAUAAUACAAAUUCCUCAACCCUGAGUGCUGAAACAACAUCCGAUGUUACCCGAAUGACCGAACAAAUAGCCAGAAGUACAUCAAUGGCGUUGGUACCAUUUUUGGAUCUUUUGGUAGCGAGUAAAAGUACGAAAAUUGGAUUAAGAGCCACCUUGCAUCAGGACAAUGUAUGUUACGAGGCUGGUGCACGUGGCUCAAAAUUGCCACCUCUUUAUAUGAAUGCAUUAGAUAAUCAUUUGAUUCCUACUUUACAUGGCAUUUCAUCCGGCAUAGAGGAGGCGUUAAUAUUAGAAUUAAUUUUUUACAUAUUAAAUGUUUAGUUAAAUCAAAUCC